AUGAUCCUCUACGCCACCUGGGUCGCCCGCGACGACGCGCCGCGGCGCUGCGGCCGGAGGAUCCGCGCGCUGCAGCUGUCGCGGUUCUCGAGCUGGCUCGGCGGCUACUUCCCCAUCAAAAUCCGCAAGGCCAGCGCCGACGCGGACUUCGACGAUCGAUCGGUCUACCUCUUUGGGUAUCAUCCGCACGGCAUCAUCUCCGUGGGCUGCUUCACGCAGUUCGCGUUCGACGGCUCCGGCGCGUCGAAGCUCUUCCCGAAGCUCCGCUUCCACUGCGCGACUUUGGGCUUCAACUUCCGCAUCCCCUUCUUCCGGGAGCUGCUCCUGGGCCUCGGCAUCAUAGAGGUGUCGGCGAAAUCCAUCAAAAACGCGCUCUCGUCGGGGCCCGGCGCGGCCGUCGUCAUCGUGCCCGGCGGCGCGGCGGAGAGCCUCGACGCGUCGCCGGGCGGCGAGCACGUGCUCACGCUGCGGAAGCGCAACGGCUUCUUCCGCAUCGCGCUGCAGCACGGCGCGAAGCUCGUGCCCGUGUUCUCCUUCGGGGAGAACGACCUCUACGGCGUCGUGAGCCCGACGGGGCCCGUGCGGCGGCUCCAGGCGGCGGCGCUGCGGCUCUUCGGCUACGCCGUGCCCGUCUACCUGGGAGCGGGCUCGAACUCGGCGACGUUCGGCAGCCCCAUGCCCAUGCGGCGGCCCAUCAUCACCGUCGUCGGCGACCCGAUCGCCUGCCCGCGCAUCCCGGAGCCGACGCAGGAGCAGAUCGACGACCUGAAGGUCCAGUACAUCGAGCGGCUCCGCCUCGUCUUCGACAAGUUCGCCCAGGACCAGCAGGUCCUCACCAUCGACAAGUAA